AGUCUUGUUCUCUGAAGCAGAGGGGGGGCACGAUAUAACUUUCCCAAGCAAGUUGACAGUUCCAUAAUUAUUAUUUUUGUUGAUCCCGCAUUCAUAGGUCGCGUAUAAUGAGUAAUUUUGACCAUAAAAAGAGCACUAUUUAGUGCGGAAUAAUAUAAACCCGAUCCAGUCGUGCAUGCGUUUGUCCAAUGAAAUCAUGUUUCUCGUACAACGCGAUCUGCUCCAUUUUGUGCUUGGCGUUCAUUGGAUACCAAAAUUCAGGAUGAAAUAGAAAACGAUUUUGUAGCCAAUGAAAAUGGCUGUUAUGGCCACACGCGGGACGUCGAAAUCAGUGGCAACGUAACGUCGAUUUAUCAACAAACGUACGUGUGCGUGUGUAUAGUACAUGUAGUAUAGUACGUGGCCGGCCGGUUAACCAGUGGCAAUAUGGCCGACACGCGGAACGAAAAUGAAACAGAAUCGAUCAAAUUAAAAUGCUAUGCACAUUUAUCUCAUGUUUUUGACGACGUCAAACCAAUAACCGAGACAUCGUGGAGGAAGUUCUUAGAAAGUGUGCAAAUUUGGAAAGAUUUGAGCGGGAACUCGGCUGAAAUAGCGAAGGCUUUCGUAGCAGAUCACGAUGAUGAUGGCAGCGACAUGCUACCUGGUGGUUCCGGAAUCGCGAUGCCCAAAGACGGUGGUUUUCAUCGCAAAUGCUACCAGUAUUUCACCGAUUCAACAAAGCAGAAACGGGCUGUCCGUGCCAAGCAGAAACAAGAAGCUAACCCACAAGCCUUGUCAGCUGCAGAUAUCAACGCCAGUGCACAAAUACAAGAGGGUGCUUCAGACACUGAGCCUGCUGAGAAGAAACCUCGAAUCCUGCGUUCGGAGUCUGCUUUGGGGAAAAAAGGAGCUUCCAGAUCUGCCCAUGUACUUCCGAGGAUGUGCAUCAUUUGUCGUCGUGCUCGGUACUCAACUAAUCACGAAGGAAGGAGAAGUAAGCAGCCUCUAGUUCAGUGCGAGCUGAUUGAUGGCGGCAAGCUUUUGGAGGCUGCAAAAGUAAAAAGGGACGAGACCUUGCUUCUUCACAUGGAAAAUAGAGACUGUGUGGCAAUUGAACUUAAAUAUCAUGCCUCUUGCCAUAAGGACUACACAAGGUUUCUUAGUAAACCGCAAGGUGUAACUGUUAAUGUGCCAUCAGCCCUGUACUCAACAGCUUUUGAGUCAUUUUGCCGAGACGUAAUCGAUCACCGUGUCAUUAAUGACAAAGAAGUAUGGCGAAUGACUAAACUGAAGAGGGUCUUUGACAGAACUGUACGAGACAUUGAAAAUGAAGAUUCGUCUUCUUAUAAGACAUGGAGUCUCAAACAACGGUUGAAAGAAACCUAUCCCCAACUGUGCUUCUUAAAACCAAAUAGACGGUAUGAAAGCGAGUUUGUAUACGUUGAUAACUUGUCCUUUCUAAAUGAUUGUAAAAUAGAGUUGGAUUCCGAAAGCGACACUGACACAAGUACAAGUGAAGAAGAACAGAACCCCUCUACUCCCUCCAAAAGAAAGGCGAGCAAAAUCCAAUUCUCGACCAACCAUCUUGUGAGUACCUUGCGAGACCGUUUCUCCACUGCCCUUGACAUCAAAAGAGAAAUAGAGCUGAUGUCAUCCGACAAACUGCCAUGGCCUCCAACAUCGUCAGACCUGACUCUGUAUACUGCCCAGCAAAUCAUUCCUCCCAAGCUAUUCAAUUUCUUGGCUUGGGUUGCGGGCUGUUCAGAUGUGCCUAAAGAAGAUGAGUUUGUUGAAGUAGGUGAAGGAGAAACCAGAAGAAUUCUGACACUUGCCCAAGAUGUCAUCUACUUGGCAACAAAGGGGAGAAGAGCAAUGCCAAAGCACAUGUCCUUGGCAAUGGCUGUACGACAUAUGACUGGCUCGGCACAGCUGAUUGGACUGCUUAAUGGUCUUGGCCACUGUGUCUCGCACACAUCAGUUCUUGAGCACGACACUGCAUUGGCCCAACAGGAAAUCCAAAGAGGCAGCAAUGCUUUACCAUCGUGCCUAGUUAAAGGCACAUUCACUACUUUGGUGUGGGAUAAUAAUGAUUUUGGAGAGGAGACAUUGUCGGGUAAGGGUACCACCCAUAACACAAAUGGCAUCGCAAUUCAGCAUUCAGAACCACAGACCUUCACAACAGAUGUCAAGCAGUCCAUGGCGAGGACAAGGAAACGUUCAUUGCCAGCACCAGAUGUAGAUUUGGUAACAUUUCGUGGUGCUAAAAAAGCCUCUCCAACUUCAUUUGCCUUCGGGGUAGCCCUCGAAGAGGAGUAUCAUAUGUCAUUGAUGGAACAUCCUAUGCGUAAAGAUGCAGCAUAUUAUCUCACAAAGAUCCCACAAAAGCGUCUCCUCCCGGCAUGGACUGGAUUCAACCAGCUACUCAACAAAGAACUCCCACCAAAGGCUACAGUGGCGUACCUACCAGUGAUUGAUGCAAGUCCGACAGACCUGAACACGGUAAAUACAAUUCUACAUAAGAGUGUGGAAAUCGCCAAUAAAUUAGAGCUCCCAUCCGUUGUGGUCGUAGUUGAUCAAGCAAUCUAUGCAAAAGCACAAACCAUCAGAUGGCAGACUCCUCACUUCAUGGACCGAAUAGUGAUCCGCCUGGGUGCCUUCCACACCACUAUGACAGCCUUGGCUACCAUCGGAAAAAGAUUUUGUGAUGCUGGUCUGCAAGAUAUACUCAUAGAAUCAGAUGUUGUAGCACCGGGUUCCAUGAAUGGAGUAAUUAAUGGUCACCAUUACAACAGGAGUAUCCGUUGUCACAAGGUCAUGGCAGAGGCACUCCAUCGCUUACGCUGGCAAAGUUUCAUAGAGGGGGUGUCUGAGGUAGAUGCAGAGCAGUAUGGUGACAUGGUGCACAACCUUCAUUCAACCUUUCCAGACCAGGAGUAUGAAGAUUUGGUUGAGAGCCCCACAUUCCAGGGGAUGAUGAUGGCUUAUGAUGAUUUCAUCAAGUCCCAGAGUAAAGAUGCAACCUUUGCAUUUUGGUCUUCAUAUCUCGAAAUGGUUGAAAAUGUGCUACUCUUUGUAAAGGCUACAAGAGAUGGGGACUGGGCACUCCAUCUUGCAGCUGUGCGAGCUCUUGUGCCAUGGAUGUUUUCGUAUGACAGGACAAACUACUCCCGUUAUCUACCGGUUUACUGGUUAGAGAUGAAGAGUCUGGAGAAAACACAUCCGUUUGUUCUCAACGAAUUCCAGAUUGGGAAUUUUGCAGUGCAAAGGCAAGAUGUCCAUGGUUUCUCACGAGUUGCAUGCGAUAUGACCAUCGAACAAACAGCGAACAGAGAUUCGAAAACAAGAGGGGGAAUGAAAGGUUUCACCACCAACAAAGGUGCAAGCAAUCGUUGGAUAAGGGCUCACCACGAAAGAGCGGCAAUAACAAGGCAGUGUGAAGAAAUGGCAGGGAAAGGGCAAAAGAUGGCGACUCGUAAAGACCUAACAAAGAGGCGCAUGACCCGUGAUGAGCAGGAUGUACAGACCAUAAUGACCACCAUAUCCACCAUGAUUAACCCCUUUGACAAUGAUCCAGAAACUGAUCCCACUGAGCUGAUCCAUUUGUCGUCUGGUGUCAUUGCUUCACCUGAGGUUUGUACUGACCUGAUGAAAGCUCACGAGAAGGGAAACGCUGCAUUUGUGACCUAUUGCAAAGACCGUUUACAAGGAGGUGAAACUGACUUGAACAAACCACUGAAAAGGAUGAAGCUGAAGACAUUCACAAAUAUGGCUAAAACUGUAGCAACGAAGGUAAAAGGGAAAGAUGUAAGCACAAAGAGUGACAGAGAGCUACUGGCUAGACUCGUCAUCGUUGGCAGGAGUCGCAACAUUGAUUUAAAGCACAUGAUGUCUUACUGUUUAGGCCCACUGCCAUUGUCAUUAGCUACACAUGAAGGAUGUCUGGUCAAAACUAACAAAGCCAAGUUGCUGCACUACCUGGAAUCGGCACCAAAGGAAACACCCGUUGUGUCAGAGACACCAGGAUGUGUGUGGAUCAUCGACGGACUGGCAAUGCUUCAAAAAAUGAGUCCCAAACACAUGCCAGUGACCAUGGGUGAUCUUGCUUCGAAGAUGCUUAGUCAGUUAGUGAACUUAGCAUGCAACCAUCAAUCCAACAGUAUCCACUUUGUCACAGACAGAUACCCAGACAUAAGCGUAAAAAAUGCGGAAAGAAAACGUAGGGCAGCCACUGGGUCGCAAAAGAUAAAGAUUUCGAAGCCUUCGCAGCCAGUUCCAAAACAGUGGAAAAAGUAUCUUGCAAAUGGCUUCAAUAAAGAGCAGUUGGUGGAAUUUCUUUUCAACACUUGGAGAAACUGUGAUGUGAAGAGCUUGAAAGGGGUAACUCUAACUGUAGCCCAUGGUAUGCUCUGCCAUGCCAUCUCAGCCAACAAUGGAAAUGUAGAUGUAGAAGAGGUAACUGAGCUGCACUGUUCUCACGAAGAAGCUGACACCCGAAUGUUUUUACAUGCCAGCUACAUUGCCAAGUCCUGCAACAGCGACAUUGUCAUCAAAAGCCCAGACACCGAUGUGUUUGUAAUUGGCAUUGCUCUUUCCUCGAAUCAUAUCAGUUCCAAUCUAUAUUUCCGCACUGGAAAAGAAGAAAAUGUUCGUACCAUCGACCUACAGGCAAUAAGGAGGCACCUUGGAGAUCCUCUCUCUGAAGCACUCAUUGGUUUCCAUUGCUUCAGUGGUUGUGAUUCUGUUAGUGCAUUUUACGGCAAGGGGAAGAUGAAGGCGAUUAAACUUCUGGUGGAAAACCCUACAUUGUGUGCUCAAUUCCAGUUACUUGGAGAAUCUUUCAUGGUAACAGAUGAUCAGGUGACUGCACUCGAGAUGUUUGUGUGCAAGCUGUAUGCCCAGCACAGUUACAGCCGAGUCAACGAAGCCCGAUGUGCCAUGUUUUCCAUGGCUACGAAGGCAGAAAAUGUCAUGCCACCUAAUCGGGAUGCCUUGCGCAAACACAUCGAACGAGCAAACUUCCAAGCAGCCAUUUACAAGCGCAGCCUAGCCCAACACCCCGACAUUCCAUCUCCAGUUGGACAUGGCUGGAAGAUGGUGGAUGACACCUUGGGCAUAGAUUGGAUGGACAUGGAAUCGGCUCAACAAAGUGUCCUUGAACUUACCAAGUGUGCAUGCAGCAAAUCAAAGUGCAAAGUUAGUGAAGCAGACGACAAAUGUUGUGUGUCUUUAGGAAUUCCCUGCACAGAACUGUGUACAUGCAAGAAAUGCGAAAACCUAACAUAUUCAUUCGAUAAUGAAGACAUUGAAGAAAGUGAAGGAGAGGAUGAUGACGGAGAGAAUGGGGAUGAUGAAAUUGAAGAGAACUUUGAGACUGAGAUGGAACGUCCAGUUCAUGCUACAGAGCCGUUCUCUUAGUUUGACAAAUAUUCCCACUUCCAAGCCUAGAAUCUUACUAAUUUUCCAAGCUGCAUCGGUACUCGGUUUGCAUUGACUCGCCUGAGGAUGAUGUCGAAACACGCUGAUCGCUCGUACAUUUUGUACAUACAGUGGUCCUCGGGACUGUGUACACAAAGUUUGUGUAGUUUGUGUAAGCGGACCAUGCUAAUGACAGUUGCGUUGUCUGUAGUGCUUGCGUAGGUGUUCACCGCGUUAUGGGGGAGAGUUUUAUUAUUAGGGACUGAGUUACAGGGAGUUCCUGCUGUCCCCAUAGCGUUUUCGAUCCCCACAAAAUCGGUGAACUCACGAAUGCUUGUCCUGUCAACUAGGGUGCCAGUAUGUGUGAUCUAUUUAUUGUACACUUUAACCAUAAAUUAGAAUAUAUCAGCUGCUUGUCUGGUGAUAAACACAAUUUGUGUUUAGUGACGCUCAUCUUAUGUGUAGUGUCUCUCAUGAAGCUUGUUUGCACAAAUAAUUGUUCUGCAUGCAUUGUACUGGAGUUUGUGUCAUUUUUCAAUACAUGUACUUUCAAAAUUAUGGAACAUUGUCUCUCUGUUUACCCUGUGUUAAACAUUCAAUUAUAUAAGCGUACAAUUUUCAACGUAUGUUUGAACAUAUUGUAGCUUUAUGUUGAACAGAUUUGAAAUUUACAUUUUUGUUAUGUUCAGAUAUGUUCAUGUAUUGCCUGAAAAAUUUAGGUAUUUAAAUUGUUGAAUAAGGAAAGGAAAAAAAAAGGGACCAUGAAAGAACAAUCUUCAAGUAGUCAUUUUACAAUUUGGAUGUAUUUUUAUUUUUAUUUUUUACCAAAGAAUUUCAUGUACAUGUAUCAACUUAGUUACAUCAAAUUGACUUAACAAAAAGUACUCUUUAAAUUGUAAAACUAGAAACAAAUGUUGAUACACAUUUUCUGUGGAUUUUAAUACAUUGAUUCUGUUAAUUGACCAAUCCAGGAUAGCAACCCCGCAAUGUAACAAACUUUGUAGAGAACAAGUUGCUAGCUGAUGCUCCAAUGUAAUUAUAAUUCAGCUUUAAAUAAUUUACAUAGACACGAAGAGAAAAUGGAUCGCUACUAAAGUGCUAUUAGGAUUAAACAAUUUUAAGGAUUUUUAAAAUUUUAUUGUAACAUGUAUAUGCACAGGAUGAGAAAUGUUUCCAUUUAAAAAGUAUACAUGUAUAUGCACAAUAGGCACUUUGAAAGAACUAUACUCGUACAUCAUUGUUACAAAUGGAUGCGUUUAUUAUGAUAUUUUCAACCCAAAAAAUUGUGUCCAACCGAGGUACCUAAAAUGUGUCAUACCGUAUUAUAGUUUUUACUGUACACAAGAAACAAAUGUUGAGGUUCAUAUAUUUGUGUGAAUAUUAAGACGUUGAUUUUAUUAUUGUCCCACCAGGAUAGCAACCCUGCAAUGUAAAAAACUUUGUUAAAAUUAAUUUGCUGAGGCUAACAUGUACUUAUAAUUGAUUUUUUUAAUUUACAUAGACACAAAGAGAAAAUGAAUGGCUUGAAUACUACAGUCAUAUUUGGAUGAAACAAUUUCAAGAAGUAUUAUUAUUCUUUUAUUGUAACAUGUAUGUGCACAGGAUGAGAAUUUUCUAUUUAAAAAGUAAAUGCAAAAUACAUGUAGACACUUUUAAAGAAUAAUACUCAUACAGCAUUGUAACAAUUUGGAUGCUAUUAUGAUAUUUUCAACCUAAGAAAUUGUGUCCAACCGAGGAUCAUAAAAUGUGCCUUAUUACUGUUUUUAAUGUACACAAGAAACAAAUGUUUGAGGUUCAUAUAUUUGUGUGGAUAUUAAGAUAUUGAUUCUGUUAAUUAAUAGUGCCAUCCAGGAUAGCAACCUGCAAUGUAUCAAACGUUGCAAAAAAUAAUUUGCUGAGGUUCAAAUGUAAUUAUAAUUCAGCUUUUAUUACAUAGACACAGAGAGAAAAUGGAUUGCUUUUGUUUUUAUUUGAUUUUCAAGAAUAUCCAAGGAGUAGUUUUUUCUAAGACUUCAUUACAUGUACAUGUGAACAACAAAGACUACAUGUGUAUUGUUUGUACAGUACCAGUACAUACAGUAAUUUUCUUUGUGUGUCAAGUUGAUAUGAAGAAAUAAAACUGAAGUACAUGUUAAGUUA